CCCCGACCUUGGGGAGGUGCGUCGGGGUGGCGGGAGAGCUCAUGAAUGAACGGCGGGUGCGUGCAUGGGGGGCGUGCAUGGGUGCGUGCGGGUGCGCGCACCCCCUCGUGCCUGCGGGUGUGGAUGUGGCUGUGGAGCGGGGAGCCAGCCUUGUUGUUAUUCUGAUCACAGCGGCUCUGAUUCACAGACUUGGAUCAUGAAUAUAAGUGAAGACUUUGACGUCAGAGUUGAGAUUUAUCAGCAGAUCCAAUGGGGCAGGAAUAUUAAGUGCAAGUCGAUGCCAGCUAUCUGCCAACGUUAUUAGCAAUGCUCACCGAGGAAUGAGGCUUAACACCAAGGACUGGAAGGACUGGGAAGGAAAAAAAUAAAAACGGGGGGAAGCAAGCCGAUCCUCGAGCAUUAAAGCCAGCGAUGCUGCACGGCCCCGCCGCCAUGGGGGAGCCGUGGCAGCCGCAGCCGCAGCAGCAGCAGCGGCUCCCGGGGCUCGGCAACGCCUCGGAGCCCAGCGCCUGGCCCUCGGCGGCGGGCGGGCCGGGGACGGCGGCGCCGGGCGGCGGCGGGGCCGGAGCCGGAGCCGGAGCCGGAGCCGGGGGGGCCGUCAGCCCCUGGGACAUCGCGCUGUGCGCCACGGGGACGGCGGUGGCGGGGGAAAACGCGCUGGUGCUGGCCGUGCUCUUCUACACGCCGAGCCUGCGGGCCCCCAUGUUCCUGCUGAUCGGCAGCCUGGCCCUGGCCGACCUGCUGGCCGGGCUCGGGCUAGUAGCCAACUUCGCCGUGCGGUACCUGCUGCGGCCGCCCAGCGAGGCGGCGGAGCUGGGGGCGGCGGGGCUGCUGCUGGCCGCCUUCUCCGCCUCCGUCUGCAGCCUGCUGGCCAUCACCGUGGACCGCUACCUGUCGCUGUACAACGCGCUCACCUACCACAGCGAGCGCACGCUGGGCUUCACCUGCGCCAUGGUGCUGCUGAUGUGGCUACUGUGCCUCGGCGUGGGGCUACUGCCCCUCCUGGGCUGGAACUGUCUGCGGGACCAGAGCGCCUGCAGCAUCCUGCGGCCCGUCACCAAGGACAACGCGGCGGUGCUGGCCGUCACCUUCCUCCUCCUCUUCGCCCUCAUGAUGCAGCUCUACCUGCAGAUCUGCAAGAUCGCCUUCCGGCACGCCCAGCAGAUCGCCGUGCAGCACCAGUUCAUCGCCACGGCGCAGGCCACCUCCACCCGCAAAGGGCUCUCCACCCUCUCGCUCAUCCUCGGCACCUUCGCCCUGUGCUGGAUCCCCUUCGCCAUCUACUCCUUGGUGGCCGACUCCAGCUACCCGGUGGUCUACACCUACUCCCUGGCGCUGCCCGCCACCUGCAACUCCCUCAUCAACCCCAUCAUUUACGCCUUCAGAAACCCAGACAUCCAGAAGUCGCUCUGGCUGGCCUGCUGCGGGUGCAUCCCUUCCACGUUCUCCUCCAGACCAAGGACAUCCAGCGAUGUGUGAGGACUGAGCAGGGAGUGAGACGCGCUCCCCUGCUCUCCUCCUCCUCCUUUUCCCCUCUGUUGUUAUUGUUUCCUACCGGGAGGAAACCCCCGGCCAGCACAUCUCGUUCCAUGAAAAGAUGGCCAAAAAGAGAAAAAAGGAAAAGGGAAAAAGAAGGGGGGAAGAAAGAGAGAGAGAGAAGAAUGAUAAUGGUUUCCUUUAGAAAUGUUAUUUUCUUACACAUUUUAUUUUUUAUUUAAAAACACAAAACACCAAAAAAAAAAGAAAAGAAAAGGAAAAAAAAAAAAAAGGAUGUCGGUACGAUGGCAUUUGUCUCCUCUCGGGGUAAGGAGCCAGGGGAGCAGCGGGCUUGCCUGGCCGGGUGGCUUCCACCCCCCCGGGGGCACGUCCCACCACGAGUGGAGGCCACCGGGAAGGCCACAAGAGCGGAAGGGGGGGAGUGUCGCCCCGCCCUCCCCCCGGCGGGGCUGGUCCCCAAGCGUGGGGUGGAUGUGCGGGGCGAGCACACACCCCCCCCCAAGUCCCCCUAAAAUCAGGUCUUGCAACGCUAUGCAAUAAUCGGGGUGGUGGGGGGGGGCGCGUUCAGCACCGCGGGGACGGACAGCUCCGGCUCGGCGG